CACACUUUCAACACGUCUAUUUCCCCGCCGGAUGUUUGAAAUCUAAUGUUUUCUGAGGUGGUGUGAACCGGUAGUAGUUUACGAUGCCUCUCAUCCGAAUGUGUCAAUCCAAUUGCAUUUCAGAAUAUCCCCCUCUAGCAAGAAGAGCGGAUCGAGAGGGGUCCUUUUGGCCGUGUUAACAUUUCUAUGUAGACCGAUUGUUCCCCAGUCUUUCUCACCACCCCCUCCUCCUCCACCUCUCCUCCCACCACUACCUCACGCCUCCACAUCGCCAUCCUAUCGUCCCUUUAUCUUCCCAUUCUUCCACCACAGUUUCCCCUUGCGUCUUGAUAUUGCUCUGCCUUUCUUCAUUUUUUGAUUCUGUCUUCACUUCUUCUCACGAUGUCGUCUUUGUCAAACCCUCCCAUUCCAGGAAAUGUCCCAGCACCAGGCAUCAUUGAGGGGCCAUUCCGUCCAAAGCAUCGCAGGACCCAUACCGGUUUUGGGGUUCGUGAGAUUAAAGCUGUUGAAGCGAGCAUUCCUCAGCCUCUGCGAGAGAUUUGGCGUAAGCUUUCUGCCUCUGAGUUCACCGGAAAAGAGCAAUUCCAGAAAGAGGUUGUUCGCCAUGUCGAAACAACUUUAGCUCGUUCGAUCUACAAUUGCGACGAUAAUGCCGCAUACUCCGGUACUGCUUUGGCUAUUCGUGAUAAUCUUGUCAUAAAAUGGAAUAAGACCCAGCAACACCAGACUCUCCAAGACCAAAAGAGAGUUUACUAUCUCUCCCUCGAGUUCCUUAUGGGAAGAACUCUUGACAAUGCUAUGCUUAACACUGGACUGAAAGACACUGCCAGGGAAGGUGUUAGUGGGCUCGGUUUUAGGAUUGAGGAUAUAAUUGAUCAGGAGCACGAUGCCGCACUUGGAAAUGGUGGUCUUGGGCGAUUGGCGGCUUGUUUCUUGGACUCGCUCGCUACCUUGAACUACCCUGCCUGGGGUUACGGUCUUAGAUACCGCUAUGGUAUUUUCAAGCAGGAGAUUAUCAAUGGCUUCCAGGCAGAGGUUCCGGACUAUUGGCUUGACUUCAAUCCCUGGGAAUUCCCGAGACAUGAUGUUGCUAUUGAUGUCAUGUUUUAUGGAACCGUAAACCCAGGACCGAGGGACGACCACGGAAAUAUUAAGAAGGUCUGGGAAGGAGGUGAAAUCGUUCAGGCUAUUGCUUAUGACGUUCCUAUUCCCGGAUACGGUACUGAUUGCACCAACAACCUGCGACUCUGGUCCUCGAAGCCAUCUGGUGGUGAAUUCGACUUUGGAAAGUUUAACUCCGGAGAUUACGAGGGAUCUAUCCGUGACCAGCAGAGAGCUGAAACUAUCUCUGCUGUCCUCUACCCUAACGAUAACAUCGAUGCUGGCAAAGAGCUUAGGCUCAAGCAGCAAUACUUCUGGGUGGCGGCAUCCUUGCAUGAUAUUGUUAGGCGAUUCAAGAAAUCUCACCGCCCCUGGAAGGAAUUCCCCGAACAAGUAGCAAUUCAACUCAACGACACCCAUCCAACACUCGCCAUUGUGGAAUUGCAGAGAAUAUUCAUCGAUAUUGAAAAUUUGGCAUGGGAUGAGGCUUGGUCUCUCGUCACUCGCACAUUCGGUUACACCAACCACACCGUUCUCCCAGAAGCUCUUGAGAAGUGGUCUGUUCCGCUUGUGCAAAACCUCCUGCCUCGUCACCUUCAGAUCAUUUACGAUAUCAAUCUUUUCUUCUUGCAGUCCGUCGAGCGUAAAUUCCCGAAGGAUCGUGAUCUGCUCCGCAGAGUUUCAGUGGUUGAGGAGGGCACACCCCAGGUGCUCCGUAUGGCCUAUCUUGCUAUCAUUGGUUCGCAUAAAGUCAAUGGUGUCGCAGAAUUGCACUCAGAUCUCAUUAAGGCUACCAUUUUCAAGGACUUCGUUGAUAUAUUCGGCCAGGAUAAGUUCACUAAUGUCACUAAUGGGAUUACUCCCCGCCGGUGGCUCCACCAAGCAAACCCUAAGCUCUCCGACCUUAUUGCUAGCAAAGUGGGAGGUUACGAUUUCCUCCAGGACCUGACCAAGCUCAGCGUGUUAGAAAAAUAUAUUGAUGACAAGACAUUCAAGAAGGAGUGGAUGGAGAUCAAAUUGGCUGCUAAAGUCAAGCUUGCAAAGUACAUUAAGGACACAACGCAAAUUGCAGUCAACCCGCACUCUCUUUUCGAUAUUCAAGUCAAGAGAAUACAUGAGUAUAAACGCCAACAAAUGAAUAUUUUUGGUGUCAUUUAUCGUUACCUCAGGCUGAAGGAGAUGACACCGGAAGAGCGCAAAAAACAGGUUCCCAGGACCUCCAUCUUUGGAGGUAAAGCAGCUCCUGGGUACUGGAUGGCAAAAACAAUCAUUCGUUUGAUCACCGCUGUGGGUGAAGUUGUUAACCAGGACGAGGAGACAAACUGUCUACUCAAGGUUAUCUUCAUUGAAGACUACAACGUCAGCAAGGCAGAAGUCAUCGUCCCUGCUUCAGAUAUCAGCGAACAUAUCUCCACUGCCGGCACCGAAGCCAGUGGUACUAGUAACAUGAAGUUCGUCUUGAAUGGUGGUUUGAUUAUUGGAACUUGCGAUGGUGCCAACAUUGAAAUCACUCGUGAGAUCGGCGAAGAAAACAUUUUCUUGUUAGGUAACUUAGCUGAGCAUGUUGAGGAUCUCCGCCACCAGCACCGUUUUGGCAAGGAUGUCGUGAUGGAUCUCAAACUUCGAGAAGUUUGUGAUGCUAUCGAGGCAGGACGAUUUGGCCCUGAACAGACAUAUUCUGGGUUGAUGUCAGCCCUCACUACAGGUUGCGAUUACUACCUUGUUAGCGAUGACUUUUCCAGCUAUAUCGCUACCCAAGACUUGGUUGACGAAGCCUACAAAGACCAAGACGGUUGGGCUACCAAGUCCAUCACAAGUGUCGCCCGUAUGGGAUUCUUCAGUGCGGAUCGGGCUAUCAAUGAAUAUGCCGACGAGAUUUGGAAUAUUGAACCAUCGAAGAUUGAGCCGAGGUCUUAGAGUUCCACGGCUGAGGAAGCUGGUAUAUUAUCACACAAUACCCAGCGAAAAUGAGCUACUGUUUUCCUUUGGGGCGAUGGUUUGAUACCACAUCCACGUUGGGACAGUGAUGAAUAAAUGUUGUGCCUUCAAGUAAAGU